GCUCUGGACUUGACCGUCCCUCCAGUGGACUUAGGGACAGAGCACAAAGAUGCUUAGAAAAGGUUCCUGCAAGCCUGGGUCCUGGGGCAGCUUCUGGGCUAUCCUGGCCUUGGUGGGACUGGUCACUCGUGCAGCUCAGAGAGCUGAUGUGGGCGGGGAGGCAGCAGGCACCGCCAUCAACCACUCCCACACGCUGCUCCAGCGACUGCAGGACCUGCUGCGCCAGGGCAAUGCCAGUGAUGUCGUCCUGCGGGUCCAGGCUGUGGGCACCGACGAGGUCCGAGCCUUCCACACCCAUCGCCUGUUGCUGGGGCUGCACAGUGAGCUGUUCCGGGAGCUGCUGAGCAACCAGAGUGAGGUGAUGCUGCGGGAGUCCCGGGACUGUGCUGCAGUCUUUGACAAGUUCAUCAGGUAUUUGUACUGUGGUGAGCUGACUGUACUGCUGGCCCAGGCUAUCCCGCUGCACAGGCUGGCCACCAAGUACCGAGUAGCAUCCUUGCAGCGAGGCGUGGCCGACUACAUGCGCGCACACCUGGCAGGAGGCGUGGGCCCCGCUGUGGGCUGGUACCACUAUGCCGUGAGCACCGGGGAUGAGGCUCUGCGCGAGAGCUGCCUGCAGUUCCUGGCUUGGAACCUUUCUGCCGUGGCGGGGAGCGCGGAGUGGGGCGCCGUGAGCCCCGAGUUGCUGGCGCAGCUCCUGCAGCGCUCGGACCUGGUGCUGCAGGAUGAACUGGAGCUGUUCCACGCGCUGGAGGCGUGGCUGGGUCGCGCGCGGCCGCCACCUACCGUGGCCGAGCGAGCGCUCCGCGCCAUCCGCUACCCGAUGAUCCCGCCCGCACAGCUAUUCCAGCUGCAGGCGCGUUCGGCCGCGCUGGCGCGUCACGGCCCGGCAGUAGCAGAUCUCUUGCUGCAGGCUUACCAGUUCCACGCCGCCUCGCCGUUGCACUACGCCAAGUUCUUCCACGUGAACGGCAGCGCCUUCCUGCCGCGCAACUACCUCGCCCCAGCCUGGGGCACCCCGUGGGUCAUCAACAACCCGGCUCGCGACGACCGCAGCACCAGCUUCCAGACGCAGUUGGGACCAAGUGGUCACGACGCGGGUCGCCGGAUUACCUGGAACGUGCUCUUCUCCCCGCGCUGGCUGCCCGUCAGCUUGCGACCCGUCUACGCGGAUGCCGCGGGCACCGCGCUGCCCGCCGCGCGCCCGGAGGACGGGAGGCCGCGACUGGUAGUCACGCCAGCUAGCAGCGGUGGCGAUGCGGCGGGCGUGAGCUUCCAGAAGACAGUGCUGGUGGGUGCGCGCCAUCAGGGCCGCCUCCUGGUGCGCCACGCCUACAGCUUCCAUCAAAGCAGCGAGGAAGCUGGCGACUUCCUGGCCCACGCAGACCUGCAGAGGCGCAACUCGGAAUACCUGGUGGAGAACGCGCUGCAUCUCCAUCUCAUUGUCAAGCCGGUGUACCACACCCUCAUCCGGACUCCCAGUUAGCCUCUGGACUGAGAAAUAAGGCCAGGCCUGGAUGGCGCACCAGGGUGUCAAAGUGACCGUUGGCCUGGGCCUUGGGUGAUCAGGUGCAGCCGGCUGGGACUAGGGUGGAAGGCAGGUGAAUGUGGUAGACAAAAUGGCUGUGGUUUCAGGAGUGCCGUUCCCAGCUAAUUUGAAGGCAGCGUUCUUGGUUCAGAAUAAACCGAUGCUCAGAGAGGCCAGGUAAAGCAACUCCCGGGUCUCAAAAUGUCUGGGGUUCACAUACCCUCCACUAGCUCCUCCCUGCCAGACACCCCACCUGGACACGAAUUAGGGCGGGAAAGAUUGAUUGCCAGGGGUUGGUCCUGUGCAAUCUCCCUCUUGGAUAGGAACCUUUGAGCCGAAAUGCUCCCUGAGCUGCAAUCUCCAGGGGACAGCCGCCCCCCGUGGCUUGUGGGACUUUCUGCCACUGCCUUCAAGUUCCUGGCCUUAGUGAAGGGUCCAGGGUAGUGGAAAGGCCCUUGAGAGAGGGCGGAAAACUAGACCUAGCUCUAGCCCCAUUUUUCUGGAGAGUGAGAGUCUUGGCGACUUGAAGAGAAAAAACAUUCCCCAGUUGUGUGUAGGUUUGGGCCGUGGGAGAGAAAGGGCCAGGAUCUGGAGCAGUCUGAGUCCCAACACUGCACAUUCCACAGCUCCCAACACAGCCAUCAAAACCCCAGUAGGACUUUAUUUAAAAGAAAGGCAAAA